CACCAACCUCGUUAAGCGUCGCUGCAUCGCCUACUACAUGCUGAAAUCCCAGAAAGUCGAAGCGGAGGUGGUAGAGGAUGAAGACGAUGCAGGAUACCACUCUCCAGGGUUCAUCACGGCCUGCCUUGCCGUGAAUCUCAACGAUGUGCACCCGGGCCCCGGCCUCUGUAACCCAAAAUUCCAUGCAAGUCUCGAGCACCACGACAUUCGCGACAAUCCUGAAUUCACAACAUACUUUCUUGUUCUCGCAGACGAGCAUCACGGUGGCGGUGUUUAUAUCGACAAGGACGACCUAGGAUGGUCGCUGCAAGGCAUCAACCCAAAGCCGAAGGUCCUGCAGCGUACUUCGUGGCGAGCCUGCGUUAGCUCAUGGCAGAACAUGUGCCGACUCGCCCUGCACUCGCACACCCCGCCGAAGGCCAUCGACGAUUGGCUCGCUCGCAGCAUUUCCCCGUCCGCUCCAACAACGUCUUGCCCUCCUCUUCUCACCGCUUCCUCCUCAUUCUCAUCGUCAACUUCUGUCUCGCAAACAGCUCCCACAUCAUCGGGCAAGUCCCGCUCGGCUGCACCUACUCGGGAUACGACCAGGGAUGGAUCAUCCACACGUCUUGCGUCUCCGGUCGUCAAACCGGUGCUGCGCUCAGCAACACCCCUUCACCAGCCAUCGCGAGAUCUGUCGCCUGUCACCCCCACCGCAACGCGUGCGCCUUGGGGCGCAGCCGCUGAAUCUUCUCCAAUUCCCGCGAUACGCGCGCCUAGUUCCGCUCCUAUCCGCGGCCUGAAGACUCCGCAGAAGCUUCUCUUUGCUUCAAGGGGUGCAACUCCCGAAGGUGGCGUAGUGACGAGCAGUCCCAAGCGCGCGGAGCAGCUACUGGAGGAACAUGGGGAGGUUUUUAUCUCUCGCAGCCAUUCAGGCUUGGCGCAAGCCGUCGACUAUCUCUUCGAAGUGGGAAUUCUAGAGGCACACGAGGUCUUCAGCCUGCAAGAAGGUCAACAGCUAUCCGGCGACAAAUCGCCUAUAGCUGUAAUAAGGGGCUCACGAAGCAGGGAUAUACUGCACGAAUCAUGCAGCGUGGUGCGACGAGCACGGCGGAAGGGCAAGUCUGUCGAGCCAGAAGCAGUUUGUACCGCCCAUGUUCGCGGUCGAACACCUUGGGCGCUGGGGACGAAGCGCGUGUUCAUGCUGCGAUUCUUCCCUCAGUGGUCGUGUCUGUCGAGGCGCAAGCGCGGACCCUUCUACGACCACGUCGUCUGCGCAUUCAUCGCUAAGUACGGCAUGUACUUCGACGUCACGACCGACCUCGAGGAGGACAUAGACGAUCCCGACCCUACCGGCGACGAGAUCGACCACACCACGUACAGUCCCGAGGAGUGUCUGCUUCGUACUGUAUACACCGAUUCACUGCGUACUCGGAUCAGCCAGUGGUUUCGCGAUGAGGAGCAACGCAUCACCAAGGCAGAGGCGGACGAGGUCGACAUUACCAAGAUCCUGGACUCGCACGUCGCGACCACCGCACCGACAAAGACGCCCGCCAACCUCCGCAUCACACAUUACUACUCAUCGCAUCACUACACCACACGCGUCAAGGCUACUUUCGAGCCUGUCUGGGCAGCUGCCCAGGCGGAGUGGGCAGCAAAAUGCAAGGCCUGGAAGGAGGCCGGCGUUCCUAUCUGCACCGACGAGGAGCCCGCCGAGGUCGCCAUACGCACCCGCAUAACCAACGAGUGCUGGGAACGAGAGUCUGAGUCGUUUCGGGCCCUCGUCACUCUCGCACACGAUCAGGAGAAGGAGGCCAAGCGAGCGGCGCGCGAAGCAGCAGCUCAGGCGCCAUCGGGGCCAGUCGUCCUGCGUACUCCGCAGGAUUACCAGAGGGCUAUUGACAAUGCGGCGGUGUACAUCCAGCCUACCGCAGAUGCCUUUGCUGCUAAGCUGGGCAUGCUAUGUGUGGUUCUGCUCGUUGGACCAUUACCUGAAGAGGGUGGUGCGAUCGGGAUGGUCAGUAUACACUCCGGCGAGUUACCUGGCGGCAUACAGUGGUUCGAUUUUGACCGGCAAGGAUAUGCCCUCACCGAGCGGUCGUUGAUAGGGUUUGGGGAGCAGGUGUUCUCCAAGCAGGAGCGCGCAAAGCGUGCUAUCAACCAUCUGAACAACACGGUCUCCACACUCGCCACCACCUCUGGCACGACCUCGCGUAUCCGGAGUCCCUCCCAACAGCCGCAAUCAUCACGCGCGGCCUCUAUCAGAGUCCUCUCAUCGUGGUCGGACUCUCACUCGUGCGCCGCCCCCUCGCAAACCCUCUCUCCAUCCGCCAUCUUCGGCUUGUACACCGCCACCGUCUCCCGCGCGUUCUGCCCUUCGUACACCGCCUCUUACGCGCACGUUGUCGCCUACUCGCACGUUGCCGCUCCAGUCCACUUCUCCGGCACCUUCGCCUCCUCGCGUGCCAUCACCCUCUCGCGCGCCAUCUCCUUCCUGUGCGCCAUCGCCCUCUUGCGCGCCUACCCCUCAUCAUGCACCAUCGCCUUCUCCAUUGCCUUCGGCAUCGCGGACUUCAUUGAAGGCGACGCACAUGUCGUCUGGUCGACCACCUCCACCAAUCAGUGGCCGCUCCACAUCCGGGACGCAUUCGCGGCCUUCAUGCAAGGACGCCAUUGGGGAACGAGCUUCGCUGACGCCGUCCAAGCCUUCCUUCAGCUCGAAGGCUCCUUUGGCUUCCCUCUCAUCAGCGAUGACCGCCGUCUCAUAGCUGGGAGCCUACGACCCUCGGCCUAUCUGCACUGGGAGAAGCUUGGGCGUUCCUACGAGCAGCUGAUUGGCAUCGACGACGUUGCCCAGUACUCCCGCAAGUACUGGCUUUGGUGGGAAGCAGUGCAACCUGCACGGCGUCUCCCAGAGGACAAGCUCCUCCCCAUCGAGCAGUUCGAGGACCUCGUGGGAGGCAUGGAGGAUUGGGAUGGCCUGGACAAGUGCUGUGGGAAGGACGGUCUCAUCCAAGCCUUGAUGAUGCUGUUCUGGUGGGGAGGUGCCGUGAACUUAGGUGGCGGCCAUUGCACGUCGUUGGAGCGGUGGAUAGAGUGGGACUCCGCCGUUCGGGACUUUGGUGAUAUCCUCGCGCUCAUGAUGCGCACACCUGGCUUUGAGAAGGUGGCACGCAAGCGAACACGGACCCUUCGCGCUACUACCAAGGACGGCGACGGUACGGCUUCCUCCAAGAAGCGCGCACAUCAAGAUCUCGACACUUCAAAUGGUCUCUCGGAGCCCUCGAAGCGCUCGCGUAAGGCCAGCAUCGGCAAAACAUCCCAUACGCGCACAGCACUCACUGGCAAGGCUGCGAAGAAACGCAAGGCAUCUCUUGAUGGUGGUGGACAGACGAAGCGCCGCCCGACUACCCUCUCAGCCGAGCUCGUGCCGUCCGUCGACAUCCCGUCCGCCGAUCUGUCAACACCCUCUGCUGACAUCGCCUCCGCUGUCGAUGCCGGUCCUGCGCGUGCACUACGUGACCGCACCAAGCUUGUCAAGACCUUCAAAGCCCGGCCCCAGGAGUAGGUUACGGAGUGUUGUUG